AUGGAAAGUCUUUACCAUCUCCUGCAAUUAAUACCUGUCACUUGCACAACUAGGUGUAAUCGAAGAUAUCUGCAACAGAGUGUUUUCCGCGCGGCGCACACGGGAGGUCCUUCUAGCGGUAGCGAUAUCGGGGGAACGGCGAAAACAAUUUGAGUAAGUAACUUCAAAGAUCUGAUGUAAGUACUUUUUACCAUGUUCGGAUCCGAUGCUGCGCAGCGCGUCUCAGAUGCGUGCACUCAUCUCGGCGAAUGGAGGACGAGACUAUUUCGCAGCAACGACCACAUCAGUGACAUCGCCAUUUCAACGGUGUAUAAUUGGCUGCACAACUCGGCCGGAAUCGGAAUGCAAAUGCGACGUCCUCAUUCAAUCAAAACGUUCUUCAGCUCGAAUCCGCUGCAGCUGGAUCACGUUCCCGACGAGGACUUCUCUGCGGGAGACGUGCCCCAGGACUCGCUGGUGACCGAUUCCGAGCCCACGAACUUUAACCCGCCGUUUGACCCCGGGGGCCCGCCGAAGCUGAAAUGCCCGAAGUUUCCACCCCCGCCCGAGCCUGCGGACGAGAGCGAAGUCUUCGACGACCUGAAGGACUUGCUCGGUGGGGGGGCGAAUGACCUGCUUCCCCGUAUCGCGGUCGAGUACGAGAAAAUGUACACAAAGCUCCGCGGCCUCGUGGAUCAGAAGAUCGCUGUGACCAGCACGACCGACGCGGCCACGGACCCGUUGGUCGGCGGCAGUGGAUCGGCCUACAGUACGUUGCGAAAGCGGCCGGACCGCUUCCACGAGGAGCUGUCAAGCCGCGUCCGCGAAAUGAAGCGGGUGUACGCGGAGUUCCAGCGAUUUUUGGAGCAGGCUUUUGCGGUGCUGGGCAAGAAAGGGCAGCGGCCGCGGCUGAGCCGCGUCCGGGUGGGAAUGCGGCCACUGGAUCCCUUCGCCCUGCGGGCGGUGCAGGGGGAGCUGAAGUUCCUGGAUGCAACCACCGAGAAACACUUUCCCGCAAUGCUGAAACCCUGGCAGGAUGGGUUCGCGAAACUUUCGAACAGCCACUCUUUCUCGGUGCCCGAUUGGGACACUCGCCGAGCGCCCACGGCCUUCAGAAGUACUUCUAUGCAGCCGCGACCGAAAGCUCAAGCAGGGGCUCCUGCCGCGACCGACAGCACUAGAGGCGCGUCUGAGAACGGAACGACUGAUGUCCGCGCCGUCCAGGCUGCUGGCGAUGCUGCUGCCAAAGCCGCAGGAAUGGAACGAGCUGACGACAAGACGAAUACAGGGGCGGGGGUGCCCGAACCCAUGCUCGUUCUUGAGAAGGAAGACUCGCCGGCCGCACAGCUGAUCGAGCAAUUUGAACGGCAAUUCGGACCUAUACAAGAAACAAGCAAAGGGAUGAACAAGAGCAUGAGCAUGAUCCACACUGCCGACAAUGAUUCGGCGCGAGACCACGUGCUGCCAGACAACGGCCAGGCAGCAGGGCGCGACCUCUCCAGAGGCGCUUGUCAGACCUUCUUCGAAGACAUCUUGGGCACCAAGCUCAUGCCAAACAGCCGCGAGCUGCUGAAGCCGCGCGCGGACGAAGAGGUGGAAAAACCACUGCCGCUGGUCCCGGCCGGCUGCCCUCCUCCGCCGGAAUAUGUGGGCAAACCGGCUUACCCGCCCCACGCGAUAUUUCCGGAUCCGCUGGCGCGUCGGCUGGCGCAGCUCUCCCACGACUUGUGGCUUCUGCGUUCCUACCUUUUUCUGCCCAACGAGUCAGUGCGAGCCCGAUAUUUUCGUAACGUCAAGAAUCCGGCAGACCCGAACACCCUCUCGCAAAUCAAGAACGACCCGCGCGGUUUGUCUGGUCGUUGGUACCAUCGCAGCGACAGGAACGGAGUAGUACCUGCUUUUGACGAACAAGGCCGUUUUGAAGACGUACGCAAGUUUUUAUAAUUGUGAAGUGUGCUUCUAGGGACAGACGCGAGAAGAUGGGACGAUUAUGAGAAGUCCAAGUCCAAUAUAAAGAACCGAAGGGUUAGGGUUCAUUUUUCAUUUACUCGAUCCCCGCCCUUGCAGGGAAGGGGGGCUACCAGCAGGUAGUCAAUUGUUCGGCUGCGAACUACAUCAUAGCACAGACUUCGAACACGGAAAGUCUGUCAGUCUUGCUAACGAACAGCCCGCCCUUGCAGGGAAGGAAAGCUAUCGGAUGCUAGUUAUUUAGAACAAAACGCCUCGCCCUUGUAGGGAGGGGCGCCUAGCAC